AUGUCUGACGCCAAAGUAAUGCGCUACAGCGACGACGACGCUGUCGUCACAGUGCAAGUCUUCCACUCAGAAACGGCUUUUUCUUUGCCCCUCGUCUGCCGUCUGCUCAACCACCCCGACCGAUCCUUUGCCCUCGAGGUAUCAAUCGACCUCGAAAGGGCCAACGAGCUUUUAGAGCAGAAACCUCCGCUGCACUUUCACGCCCAAGAGGAAUAUAUCGAGGCCAUACAGGGCAAGAUUGGCCUCGAAAUUGACGGCAGGGAAAUCGUGUUGACGCCCAAGGACGGCCGCUAUGCCAUCAUGCCGUAUGCCGACCACCGCACUUAUCCAAUGCUCUUGGACCAGCAAGAGCCCGGAACCUCUGUGGUCAAGUUUUUACUUUCCGGAGAAAAGACGGACGCCGUUUUUGAGCUAAAUCCACCGUUCUUUGAGAAUUGGUACAACUACCAAAAACAGAUUGUCAUGCACGGCGAGAAGCUGUCGUUACUGCAGCUCUUUUCUACAUUCGAUGCAGGUGGCACAUAUGUCUCGCUGCCCAACUGGAUUCCCUUUGGCCAAACCCUCUCCAUUUGUGCUGGUGUCGUCAUUGGUCGCUGGAUUGGCGGCAUGCUCGGGUACCAGCCAUUUUACCGCAAAUGGACCACAGAUUGGGACCUUGCCUGCACCAAGAUGGAGGCGUCGUUUUUCCAGCGUCGGUUCGCCAACCGUUCGUUGAAAAAGGAUGAGUAG